ACAACGCAGUUUAAGUUUUAGUUCAGUCUUAAUCUCAUAGUUAUAUUGCAAAUGUCGUGAUUUUUACCCGACUCCAUUUCUACCCCCCGUCUCUACUGUAAUGGUUUAUUCCAUUAUGGACACCAUUCACCGACGUUAAUUCAGACACUCCAGCACAGCAUCAUGAGUGACUUGAAGGACUGCCCUCCACUGAAAUAUUAUGACUUCAAACCAGUUGAGCACGUCAAGGUGUGUCCUCGCUAUACGGCUGUGCUAGGUCGUUCAGAGGAUGAUGGGAUUGGCAUUGAGGAGCUGGACACAUUGCAGCUAGAGCUGGAGACCCUUCUGUCCUCAGCCAAUCGGCGUCUCCGAGCCCUGGAGGAGCAGCGACAGAUCCUCACAGACUGGCAGGACAAGAAGGGAGAUAAACGUUUUCUAAAGCUGGGGAAGGAGCCGGAUCCCGCUGCCUCAUCUCGGCACAAAUCCAAGAAGCCAAAGUUGGAUGGCAAAGGGGCUGGUCCUGGGCCAGGUCCUGGUCGACCCAAAUCUAAAAACCUGCAGCCUAAAGUCCAAGAAUAUGAGUUUACAGAAGAUCCACAGGACAUUCCACGAACCCCCAAAAACGAUGCUCCCAACAGAUUUUGGGCGUCAGUGGAGCCAUACUGUGCUGAUAUCACAAGUGAAGACUUGCAGUUGCUGGAAGAGCUUUUGAAACCCCCAGAGGAUGAAGGAGAGUAUUAUAAAAUUCCAGCAUUGGGCAAACAUUACUCUCAGCGGUGGGCUCAGGAGGAUCUGCUGGAGGAACAGAGGGAAGGUGCACGAGCAAACGAUAAGAAGAAGAACCUCAUGGGAGGGCCGCUCUCUGAACUGGACGCUAAAGAUGUGGACUCUCUGCUGAAAAAGUCAGAAUCUCAACAUGAGUCUCCAGAAGACGGAUGUCCCUUUGGCCCUUUGACACAGCGUCUGCUCCAGGCUCUUGUAGAGGAGAACAUUAUAUCCCCCAUGGAGGAUUCUCCUUUACCAGAUAUUUCAGGGAAAGACGCUAAUGAUGGUGCUGGAACCUCUCCUCGAAGCCAAGGCAAAGCUUUUAGCGUUCCUCAUACUCGUUCCCUGGAGACACGGAUCAAAGAGGAGCUGAUUGCCCAGGGUUUACUAGACUCUGAGGAGCGGCCUGGGCCAGGAGGAGAAACUGAGGAUGAGGUCUUGGCAGAACUACAAAAGAGACAAGCAGAGCUCAAAGCCCUGAGUACUCACAACAGAGCCCGAAAACACGACCUACUCCGGAUGGCGAAGGAGGAGAUGCGUAAGCAGGAACUGAGGCGGAGAGUCCGCGUGUCUGAUAACGAAGUCAUGGAGGGAUUUCGGCGCAUCAUGGCGGCCAGGCAGAAGAAACGCACUCCAACAAAGAAGGAGAAGGACCAGGCGUGGAAAGCACUGAGGGAAAGGGAGAGCAUCCUGAAGUUACUCGAUGGAUAGUAGAAGCACACGAUUCUUUGGGUUUGUACAACAAAACAAAUAAAUAAAUGCAAGACCAAGAGUUUCCUGUGAUCAUCAGAGUCAUGACAGUUGUUGUCAGUGCACAUGUGUAACAGUAAUGUCUGGUAAAGUUUACUACUGCAAGAGCUGACACAUUUAUGUUGUGGAUUUUGUGUCUUGUACAACAUUCAGAAAGCUGAUCUGAUCAGUAACAUUCAGUCUCUGUUUAGAUCCUUUUGUUGAGGGUAUUUUUUUUUGUAACAUUGUCAGUUGUCACUUUCCAUUUUGUUUACCAUUGUGAUAUUACAAAUAAAUGCUACUUUAUGAA